GUGCGAGUAUUUUUGCAUUGAAACUCAUCGUAAAGUAAAUUCACCCGAGAAUGUGACCUAAAUAAUCUUCUUCACUUCAAUUUUCCAUCGUUGUGAAGAGGUUUUUGCUGAAUUUAGAGCCAUUUUGUGAUUAUUCUCCACAUUUUUUGUGCAUUAAACAAAAGGAAAAGUGUGUGAAUUUAGGGACAGAUAGUUCUAUAAAAAUUUUCACUAGCAGAUGAUUGGAUGUGCGGAAAAUUAUAUUUUCACAAAUUGCGUGACUUCGGUGUGACGAAAAAAUAAUUCUACCUGCAUAAAUUUGGAGUUUUCAUGAGAACUACCAGAAGUGCUUUAAGUACAUUUCUGUGAGGAUUUUUCAUCUGCAAAAGUGAUGCAAUAAUUUUUUUUGUAGACAAUUUACCUUUCAUAACUCUUAGGUAACGCUCAGUGCUACAUAUAAUAAUUUUUCAUAGAACAUUUUUCAUGGUGUAAAAAGGAUGUUUGAAUGUUGAGACGUAAGAAGAAACGACGAGAACAAAUUUUGUGUUUCUUUCGUACCCUCUCUCAUUGCAAUUUUCUAUUGUGAAUAGUGCAGGAAAAGUUUUUUUUAUUCGUUGAAAAAAGAGGAAAAAAUGAAGAAAAUGAAACAUCACAAUAUGUAAAGAAUUCACGGACAAUUUUUCUGUAAGAAAAAACAUGAAGCACAAUCUAUGAAGUGAAAGCUCUGUAAAGCUCUGCAGAUGUAACAAAAAAUUAAUCAAGCGUGAAAUUGUGCAUAAAUAUUAUGCUGCUCAGUAUGCAAAAACAUGAAAUAAGUAGUGAAUUAUAACCCGCAACAAAUGCUGUGUCAAUUUUUUUCGGCCGAAAGUUCUUUAAACGUUAGACAGUAUUUCUGUGCGUAUUGUGCUUUCUCUCUAUUUAUCGCGACAAAGCCCAAAGUCAUUCCCCGAAAUACAAUGAAAAGUGUCUACUGGACAUUGAAAUUGCGACUACUCACCCUGUGCUCACAGCGAACACUCUUUUACUCCGCAAUUAUCACUAUUUACGGCUAUCUAGCCAUUUCUUAUGUGCCUCCAGUUUUGGCAAUAAACGCCACAAUUAAGUCCCCAAACUUGGCAGUACACUCGCGAACCAUGCCAGAAGCUGCUCUCGCAGUCACAGACCUCGGUGAUGACGAUGACUACAAUGAGGAUGAUGAUACUUUAUCUGAAAUUGAGAAGCUUAAGAGAAAUGGAUCAGCCAAAGGCAUGUACAUUGGUGCUGAUUGUGAGUUCACCUGCAACCAGAGACUGCGUCACGUUUUCUGCGACCCUAGCACCAAUCAAUGUGGCUGUGAGAAGAAUUAUCCUGUCAUUAUCGGCUAUACUAAAGGAUGUGCCAAACCGAAAAAGUUGGGCGAUCAGUGCUUUUGGCACGAAACAUGCGUCUACAGUGAUCCCAAUUCACUUUGUGUUCAAGUGAGUCACAAUGCUCUCUGCCAAUGUGUCGAUGGAUUCCAUUCGGUCAGCUAUCUAAAGCCCACAAAAAGGGUCUUCUGCACUGAAGAUAUGGCUGCUAUAACGUCGGAUCUUCCAACCCUUCUUGGUGUCACAACGGGGAUUGCCGUACUGGCAGGGCUCAUAUGCAUGGUUCUACAUCUAUUCUCAAAGGCCAAAUACCCUCGACAUCGGAAUUAUGCUGACGCAAGUCUGCCACCCCCGAUACUCUACUCUAGCGAUACUGUUCACAUUACAGGAAUCCCACUGACAAUCCAGUCUGCGCGCCCAUCUUCACGCAGCAGUAUACGGUCUAGUGGGUCAGUUGGGUCAUUUACAAAUAGACGCGCCUCCAGUGUCCCGCAGGUCGGCUCAAAGGGUGUCCUGGUAUCCACAUCGCGGACAGGUUCUCGACGACCAAGUUUAGCGUCAGUUCACAGUACGAGUUCAUCGGUGAAGAGCUACAGUAUGAUCCGAUUCGAGAAGGAAUUGGAGCAGAAGCAGCUUCGGCAGGAGAUGAAGGUUCGCCUGUCUCAGCUGCAGCGCCAAAAUGUCCUUAUUAACAAUAGACCGCAAAUUACUAUCGUGGACGUUAUGGCAGGUCCAUCGAGAUCUGCCAUGGCAACGCCUAGUCCAAUGACGCCCAACUCCACGGAUGAACUCCUACCUAUCGUCGAUGAAAACCAAGAGUUCACAUCACUCUUCACGAGCAGACCGAGUGUAUCAUUCAGCGGAGCAGGAAGUUCCACAGAAGGCCUCCUAUAGAGAUAUUAAGAGACUUGGUAUGAAAAAAAGGUUUUUUUUUUAAAUAAACGAAAGUAAGACCAAGCCCUAGUUUUUAAAUAAAUAAAUAAAUAAACUUUUAAAAGAUGGUAAUGGUUCAUAGUGAAUCUUAAGAAGGUAUUUGUUAGUUAUUUUGUAAAAUUUAAAUUCAGAAAACUGUCCUAAAUAUUUCAACAAAAAAUAGAAGCAAGAGAACCAAAGAGUGUAUCAAGUAUCAUUAGAUCCUUGUGAAUGUUUAAUGUUUUUCAGUUAUAUAAUUAGAUAAUUAGCAAGAACUGUUUGUAAGAAUUACUUACUAUCACAUGUUAAUUAGUUAAAAGCGUUUAAAGAAAAUCUUCCAACACUGUCAGUUCUAUUUAAAUACGUAGCUAUUUGUUUUUCAAAAGCUGAAAAUAAUUUUUAAUACUUACCUACCUUAUAUAAAAAAAAAAGUUUGUAUAGUUGGAAACUUUAUCACACUGAACAUGUUAAGUGGAGGCUAUCAUAAAUGCUGCAAACAAAACGGCAGACAUUAUUUUAAGAUAAGUAAGUCGAAAAUAUUUGUAGAUAGAAAGCGAAUGUGGACAUUUUGUUUAAUGUUUUGAAUUGUUAAAUAUCAUAAAUACAAUAAGGACUUAUACACAGGUGAAUAUCAAACAGUAGUUUUCAUAUAAAAAAAAAUAUGAAUGAUACAUAAGCGCGUUAAAAAGAAAUGGCAUUAUUCAGUAAAAGAAAGAGAAAAAAUAAUAAAGAGAAGCUAAUUUUAAAGAAAACGCCUAGUACUUUUGAUUUAAAUGAUGCAAAAAUAAAAACAAAUAAUAAUUUUUGCUCCCUAAAAAUUUCUUUAACAACGAUAUUUUUUGCUAUUAAUUAUUUAUACAUAACGACCUAAUACUCGGAAACAAUGUAUGAAACAACUGUAACAAAAACAUAGCCAAAAAAAUUAUUAUAAUCUGAAUAUUUAUGUAAUGUAAAAAGUUUGUCAUCAAAAGUACACAGUUGUAUAGAAAGGAACAUCCAAAGGUUGGUGGAAAUAAAUCAAAUUUCAUGGAAA